AUGCCGAGAGUUUUGCUCCUACUACCUAUUUUUAUAUUGGGUGAAUGCUCCGUAGAUGAGAAGAAACCAAGUACAUCAUCGGUCAAUAAAAGAAGUAUUCCUAACCUACUCUCAGGAGAAUAUCAAACACUAGCCACCGGCCUUUCUGCAGAAGAAUGGAUUAGCGAUGGUAAUACAAAUCUAGAUGAGUCUGGCCCCUGGUCAUCAAAUACAGACUGGACAGCCCCAUCACAAGAAUGGCAACCAAUUCUACCGCCAAUACAAGAAGACAAAUAUAUUACCAUUUAUAAAGAACAAAGAGUCCCUGUAUUAGUAGAAAAAAAUGUUCCGGUUCCUGUAAUAAAAAAUGUUCCAGUUCCAGUUCCGGUCAAAGUACUAGAACCAUAUCCCGUGGAAAAGAUAAUACCAUAUCCGGUUAAAGUACAACACAAAGUACCGAUAAUAAUACACAAACCCGUCAAAGUUGAGAGAAUAGUUAAAGUGCCAGUUGAAGUCAAAGUUGAUGCACCUUAUCCCGUAGAAGUCAAGGAACCAGUUCCAGUACCAGUGUACAAAACAGUUGGAGUACCAACACCUGUACAAGUACCACAACCCUAUCCUGUAAUUAAAAACGUGCCAGUGCCAGUAAAGGUACAUGUUCAAGUACCCAAACCAUAUCCAGUUCACAAAAUAAUACCAGUUCCUGUUAAGGUAGCUGUAGACAGACCAGUGGCAGUACCAGUUAUCAAACCCUAUCCUGUGGUUGUCGAGGAGAAAGAAGUUUCCGUGCCAGUUCCAGUUGAAAAGCCGUACCCAGUCAAAGUAUUUGUAGACAGACCCGUUCCUGUUAGAAUUGAAAAGGAAGUUCAAGUGCCUGUACACGUGGCAGAUCCCCAACCGUAUCCAGUCGAAAAAAUAAUAGAGGUCCCAGUGGAAAAAGAAGUACCUUACCCUGUGGAAGUUAAAAUUGAACGGCCUGUACCGUAUGAAGUAAUAAAACAGGUGCCCUACAUCGUGUUUAAGAAAGUACCCGUUCCGGAGGAGAAUAUUUUAGCAGUACCUGUUCAAAGCAACGAAAAAUGGGAUACGGACCAAACUUACAGGUCUAUUAAAUGGUAG